CUUCGUUUGGCCACGCUGAUCAAUUGAGAUCAAGACCAUGGCAAACUGUAAGAAGUGGCUUCUGCUCGUUGUGGGCCUCACGGCCAUGAUUUCCUCGUCGGAGGCGUACGUCUUCUACGCCGGCGGCCGCGACGGCUGGGUCGUCGACCCCGCCGAGAGCUACAACCACUGGGCCGAGCGCAACCGGUUUCAGAUCAACGACACCAUCGUGUUUGCGCGCGGCGAGGGCGAGGGCGCGGACUCGGUGCUGCUGGUGACCGAGCCGGACUUCGACGCGUGCAACACGCGUAGCCCUGUCCGCCGGCUAGAGGACGCCGGUGGUCGCCCGGAGUUCCGGUUCGACCGGUCGGGUGCCUUCUUCUUCAUCAGCGGCGACGAGGACCGGUGCCAGAAGGGCAAGAAGUUGUACGUCGUCGUGAUGGCGCCUCGGUCCCAGGAGUGGGAGCUCGCACCGGCGCCCGGAUCGCCGCCGCUCUGGGCCUCGGCACCAGAGCACGCGGAGGCCCCGGACAUGAGCCCUGGCAACGAGGGGAUGUCGCGCAGCUCGCUGCAGGCGCCACCACCGACGGCGAGCGCGGCACGGUUGGACUUGGACGUGAUAGCCGUCGGCGUAGUCGUGGGGGUUUUAGGGGCUCUGGUGCUCUGAGAUGGCGUACGAAUCGGACUAGACGUUGUGUUCGUGCUGUCAUGGUGUGGUCUGUGGAUGGUUUGUUCGUUGUAUGAUACGCUGUUGGUGUCAGUUGUUAUAUGUAGUUCAAGGAGUUGA